AGCUCAUAAUAAAGACAAUCCAAUCCAGCUUCACGUUCUUGAUCAGUUGUCUUCUACUACCUCUCAACCAUUAUUAUUUCCUAUUUUUUCUAACACUGCUUAAUUAGUUUCAGCCUUGCUUUUCCUGUUUUGUAAUUCGCUUGCAUUGCCAAUUUAGUUUAUUCUUUCACAUUUAUAAACCAUAAAUAGCAUCCUCGUCUUCUUAAUUUCUAUAUUUAUUCCAGUUUAAUUUGAGCAUUCUUCCUUUUUCAGAAAAUCUCUCUACAUUUUUUAUGACGUUAUCGGAUUCUCCUCUUCUCAACAUUUUUCCUUAUAUAUUCCUUGGUUUUAUGAGCUGAUAACGCAGCUGGUGCUUAGUCGAAUUCAUUUGAGUUUAGAGAAGAAAAAAACGCGGGAAGAUGAAUAAAGCGGUUACAAUAAAUGUGUUGAUUUUGCUUAAUUGUUGCGUGUGGUGCAUUUGCUCGCCGGAGCGGCUUCUGGUUAGCAUGACUCUUGUUCGUAAUGCUUCGGCUUUCGAUGCCUUUUGCUUGGACGGAAGUUUGCCGGCGUAUCAUCUCCACAGAGGAUUUGGUGCCGGAGCACACAACUGGCUUUUGCAGUUUGAGGGAGGUGGGUGGUGCAAUGAUUUGCAUUCAUGCUUGGAGAGAGCAAAAACACGGCGUGGAUCUACACGUUUCAUGAACAAGCUGGAGGUUUUCUCUGGAAUCCUAAGCAACAAUGCCUCUCUUAAUCCAGAUUUCUACAAUUGGAACCGAGUGAAGCUUAGAUAUUGUGAUGGAGCUUCAUUUGCUGGAGAUACCAGUUUUGACAAUGGGACAUCAGUCCUUCAUUUUAGAGGACAAAGAAUUUGGGAAGCAAUCAUUCAUGAUCUUCUUCCCAAAGGGUUGGGGCUAGCACGUAAGGCCUUGCUUUCAGGCUGCUCUGCCGGGGGUUUAUCGUCCUUCCUCCAUUGCGAGAACUUUGCCAAGGUGUUACCAAGCAAUGCCAGUGUUAAGUGCUUGAGUGAUGCAGGAUUUUUUUUGGAUGAGAAAGAUGUCACCUUGAAUCAUACCAUGAGGGCAUUCUAUGAAAGUCUAGUUUCCUUACAGGGAAUGGAAAAGAAUCUGAACAAAAACUGCACCCGUUUUUAUAAAGAUCCGAAACUGUGCAUUUUUCCGCAGUAUGCAUUAAGGUUCAUUACAGUGCCAUUCUUCAUCUUAAACACAGCUUAUGAUGUGUACCAGUUCAACCAUGCACUGGUGCCUCCUUCUGCUGACAUGCCUGGAUCAUGGAAGAAUUGCAAGCUUAACACAGCAGAUUGCAGUGAAUCACAGAUAGGAGUAUUGCAAGGUUUCAGGCGUGAUAUGCUGCUGGCCUUGAGAACAUUCUCUACAAAUUCGAAGCGUGGAGGAAUGUUUAUAAAUUCAUGCUUUGCUCAUUGCCAAAGUGAAUCACAAGAUACAUGGUUUGCAGUUGAUUCUCCAAGGAUACACAAUAAGACAAUUGCAGAAUCAGUAGGUGAUUGGUAUUUUGGUAGAAAUAUAUCCAAGGCAAUCGACUGUCCGUAUCCUUGCAACAAUAGCUGCCGUAACCUCAUACCAGCAGCUCCGGUUUCACAAAUGGAUUCAAAUAUAGAUGACAAAGGAUUUUUAUUUUAAUUGUUUCUCUUUCUUGGGGAAGCUCUGUGGAUAGUAUAGAUUGCACAAACGGAUGCUGAUACUAAUUUGAUGGAUACGUGAAGAAUUUUCACAAGAGAAAGAAGAAAAUAUAGAUAUAUAGAGGCUGUUGCAUAGAUUAAUCAAUCAUUCAAAUUGUAGGCUUGCUUUCUUUGUAUGAGCCUGUAAAUCAAAAAAAUUAAAAGUUAUUUCUAAUUGUGAUUGUUGAUUACUUGUUCUGGUUUA